UGAAGAAGGGGUUUGUUAAACUGGGGCAUAAAAACGAUUCGGCAGCAGCAUCAGGGACGGUGGGGUGGUUGUCGUUCCUUCUUUAGGUUUAACAUACCAUAUGUAGAUAAAUUUCGUUUUUAAUAAAAUAGCCCCACCAUCUGCGUUUUAAUCGGUAGCGAACUUGGCAGUUGGCACAGAGGAGCGGGGUGGUCAUUAGCUAAAACAAAGCGGACCCUCUUAGUUUUAGCUCGUGUUCGCUUCGUUAGCCUUUUCUUAUCUUUAAACGAGGACAAUUUGAGGCAAAUGUUGCUCUAAUAAACGGAAACGACAUUAAAGUAUCAUUGUACGAUGGAUCUGCGGUUACUUUCAAUACUAAUGUUAUCAGCGCUUCUCUGUGGCAACAGGGCACAGCAGGAUGGCAGUAUCUGCAUCAAAGCAAACGCUCAGUCGUGUGGGGAAUGCAUCCAGUUCUCUGAGGCGUGUGGGUGGUGCUCAGAUGAAAACUUUCUCACUGUGGGAGAAUCCAAGUCAGCCCGCUGUGAUGAUCUAGAGUCCCUGAAGAAGAGAAACUGUCCUCUCAUCAACACUGAGAACCCACGUGGAAGCUUCCACGUCGACAAGAACAAGCCCGUCACCAACCGCAAGAAGGACGUGGCUGAGAAAGUGAAAGCUGAGCAGAUCACACAGAUUCAGCCCCAGAAACUCACACUGACACUCAGAUCUGGUGAGCCCCAGACUUUCAAUCUGAAAUUCAAGCGUGCUGAGGACUACCCCAUUGACCUGUAUUACCUUAUGGAUCUCUCCUACUCCAUGGAAGAUGAUUUGGAAAAAGUGAAGAACCUCGGCACUGACCUCAUGAAGGAAAUGCAGGCGAUUACCUCAGAUUUCAGGAUUGGAUUUGGCUCCUUUGUGGAGAAGACAGUCAUGCCUUACAUCAGCACAACACCAGCAAGGCUCAUCAACCCCUGCACAGGGAAUCAGAACUGUACCAGCCCCUUCAGCUAUAAGAACGUCCUGAAGCUGACAGACAAAGGAGACGAGUUUAAUCGGCUGGUCAGCCAGCAGCAGAUUUCAGGAAACCUGGACUCUCCAGAGGGGGGCUUUGAUGCCAUCAUGCAGGUGGCAGUCUGUGAGGCGGAGAUCGGCUGGAGGAACGUGACUCGUCUGUUGGUGUUUUCCACCGACGCUGGUUUCCACUUUGCAGGAGAUGGCAAACUGGGUGGCAUCGUCCUGCCCAAUGAUGGAAAGUGUCAUCUGGAGAACAACGUGUACACCAUGAGCCACUACUAUGACUACCCUUCGAUUGCCCAUUUGGUUCAGAAACUCAGUGAGCAUAACAUCCAGACCAUCUUUGCCGUCACUGAAGAAUUCCAGCCUGUUUACAAGGAGUUGAAAAAUCUUAUUCCUAAGUCAGCUGUUGGUACAUUGUCCUCCAACUCCAGCAAUGUGAUCCAGCUCAUUAUUGAUGCUUACAAUUCUUUGUCAUCUGAGGUAAUUCUGGAAAACAGCAGGCUGCCAGAGGGGGUUUCCAUCACCUACAAGUCUUUCUGUAAGAACGGUGUGCAGGGAACAGGGGACAAUGGCAGGAAGUGCUCCAACAUCUCCAUUGGUGAUGAGGUGUCUUUCGAGAUUUCUGUUAAAUCUGAGAAGUGUCCAUCGCACGGCAAGUCCGAGAUUAUUAAAAUUAAACCCCUGGGUUUCACUGAGGAGGUGGAAGUAGUUCUGAACUUCAUCUGUGACUGCGAGUGUGCCGCAAAAGGAGAGCCCAACAGUAAGAAGUGCCACGAUGGCAACGGGACAUUCGAGUGUGGCUCCUGCAAGUGUAAUGAGGGACGUAUCGGACGUCUUUGCGAGUGCAGCAAAGAUGAAGUCCGGACAGAGGACCUGGAUGCAAACUGCCGAAAAGACAACGGUACUGAUAUCUGCAGCAACAAUGGUGACUGUGUGUGUGGCACAUGUGAGUGCAAGAAACGGGAGAAUCCUGCAGAGGUUUACAGCGGAAAAUACUGCGAGUGUGACAAUUUCAACUGUGACCGCUCCAACAACAAGCUCUGUGGAGGACAUGGGCGAUGUGAAUGCAGGAAGUGCAUCUGUGAUACCAACUACACAGGUAGUGCCUGCGACUGCUCAACGGACACCUCACCCUGCAUUGCCACAAACAAGCAGAUCUGUAAUGGCCGCGGUACAUGUGAAUGUGGAACCUGCAAAUGCACCAACCCCAAAUUCCAGGGUCCAACUUGCGAGAUCUGUCCCACCUGCCCCGGCGUCUGCAGUGAGCACAAAGAUUGUGUGCAAUGCCGAGCUUUUGAAGCCGGUGAGAAGAAGGAUACAUGUGAGCGGGACUGCAGCUACUUCCAGCUGAUCAAAGUGAAGGAUCGUGACAAGCUGCCUCAGCCCACGGACCAGAGCUUCCCACUAACUCACUGCAAAGAGCGAGAUGCCAAUGACUGCUGGUUCUACUACACCUAUGCCAUCAGGAAUGACACCAAGGAGGUUUUUGUGGUGGAGAACCUGGAGUGCCCAGCAGGACCUGACAUCAUACCCAUCGUGACAGGUGUGGUAGCAGGCAUUGUGCUGAUUGGCCUUGCCCUGCUGCUCAUCUGGAAACUGCUCAUGAUCAUCCAUGACCGCCGAGAGUUUGCCAAGUUUGAGAAGGAGAAGAUGAACGCCAAGUGGGACACGGGUGAGAAUCCAAUCUACAAAAGUGCUGUAACAACUGUCGUCAAUCCAAAGUAUGAGGGCAAAUGAUGGAGCAUUGCCUUCACUGUGACAACACUGUAUGGAAAAGGAAAUGGGCUGGAGUGAAGGGAGGGCUGGGUUUAAUUUUACUCACUGUUUUGUUGUAGCCACCAAACGAUAGCAAUGUAUUCUGCCACUGUUUUGGUUUGUUUCACUAAUUUUGGUUUAUUUUCUUUACAUCAAAUGUGUACAGUCUGUAUAAAUGUAGGUCUUCUUCUGCAGAAGUGAAGAGAAUGUUUUGAACAGUUUUUUUUUUUGCCACAGGACUGGCAAAGUAACAAAGCCUAACUGUGGUGUGUUUGUAUAGAACAGGGGUUUUCAACUAACUGUGACCCGGGCACCACCAUUUUGACUAAGAGGUAACCUUAGGACCACUAUUGUGGGGUGGGUAGACCGGAUGGCCACUGUUUUAAUCUUGAAAGUCACUUUGGCUUUUCUAAAUGUUUAUAUAUUUGCAUGAAUUUGAUUAUUUGCAUGCAAUAAGAAAAACAUAAAAAUUAAAAAAGAUUACUACAGUGAAACUACAUUAUUGAAUACAUGAUCAGGGAUGACCUGAAAUCCCUUCACGUACCACCAGGGGACCACGGACCAUUGGUUGAAAACCUCUGGUAAAGAACCAUCAAGCCAUCAGUGUCUUUGUUGAAGGUGGAAUUAAAAGUUAAUAAUGGGCCACAAAUAAGGGAUUCCUUUAAAAAAAAAAAAAAAACAACAUGUACACCAUGUUGAGUGGGUGUCAGUCUGUUAGUCGGUGUUCACCAAAAAAAGCAGGUGAGCAGAGGUCUUAAGAUUGAUUUGCCACAUAUGUCCGUAAUCAUUUUGACUGAGUAGGUGUCACUUCUUGUUAAAUGUUCCUCUGGAUUGAACUCUUCAAUUGUAGCACUAGUUGGCGCCAUGUGUGGCAGCAGUGAACUGUGUACAGUUUGUUUUUGGGUUCUGUGUAAAGCCAUAUAUGUAUUCACAGAGAAAGGCUGAAGGUGUCAGUAUGUCUUUUUUUUUUUUUUUUUUUUUUUUUUUUUUUUUUUUUUUCUGGAGAUUUAAUCCCUAUGAACAAUCAGUUGAAAUGUCUUUGUCUAGAAAAGAUUUUUGUCUUGGGCUGCCUUUCUAGACGAAAAGAUGAAAAGACAUCAGUGUACAGUAGAAUUACUGUCUGACUUCAGGUUUUACUUUCUUAAUUUAAAAACCAACUCAGGUCAAUUUUUCACAGUGAUACCAAAUACAUGCAAGCCUGCCUUAUUCUUAUGAGCUAAACUUGCUUAUAUUGAAAUCCCUUGUUUUAUUUGUAGUAUAUGGAUUGAGAAAGGGCUUCUUUUUCUUUUUACAUGUCAGUAAUUCUACCCGUCUUCAGUGGUGCUUCAAUCAAACUUUUUUUUACUGAAAAGAAAUAGGAAUGGUGACGAUGUCACAUAGACCAGUGGUAAGGGAAUGAUCUCUGGAUCACUAGAACAUUUGGUUUUACCCGUCACUGUUGCUUAAGUGCCUUUUUUAAAUUCCUACCACACAUUCACAUUUGCAGUUCUGUAUUUCUGAAAUUAUUUAUUGAAUAAAUCUUUAAAACAAAA